ACCAUUGCCCGCCAAAACUGGCCUUUCCUUUCCUGCAAAACCAUCGCCCGCUUGAAAAUGCGGGUCUUAUCCUGUGCCAUUACUGCUUAUCCUACGCACCCCCGCCCUUCAGGAGCUAGCAGGAGUCCUAUUUCAGUGCGUUCGAGCUCUCGAAUCUCAAUUUCUUCUCAUCAUCCCUUCGUUCCAGAGGUCGCCGAAGCAGUGGAUUCUUUGUACUCAGAGUUCAGAGCAAUCGAUAAUUUGGUGGCAAAGAAUACAACUCGUGUUCUUAAAGCUUACCAGAAUGCUAGGGUUGGAUCUCAUCAUUUCGCUGGAUGCACUGGCUAUGGUCAUGAUGAAGCUGGUGGACGCGAAGCUUUGGACACAGCUUUUGCAGAAAUUGUUGGGGCAGAAUCAGCUAUAGUUCGUGCACAGUUUUUCUCUGGCACACAUGCCAUUACUUGUGCUUUAUUUGCUUUCCUCAGGCCAGGGGAUGAGCUUCUAGCUGUUGCUGGUGCUCCGUAUGACACCUUAGAAGAGGUUAUCGGCAUUAGAGACUCUGGCAGAUGUGGAUCUCUUAAGGUCUUUGGAGUUAUAUAUCGCGAAGUUCCGCUUGCAGAAGAUGGGGGUCUGGACUGGGAUGAACUUGCUGUUGCUUUGAGACCCCAAACAAAAUGUGCUCUCAUACAGCGGUCAUGCGGUUAUUCAUGGCGCCGCAGUUUAAGUGUGGAGGAAAUUGGAAGGGCUAUAAAGAUUAUUAAGAUGCAAAAUCCAGAUUGCAUGGUCAUGGUGGAUAAUUGCUACGGUGAAUUUGUGGAAAGUGUGGAGCCUCCAAUGGUGGGUGCAGAUUUAAUUGCUGGAAGCUUGAUAAAAAAUCCAGGUGGAACCAUUGCACCCUGUGGUGGAUAUGUUGCAGGGAAGAAAAAAUGGGUGAGAGCAGCAGCGGCCCGUCUCUCUGCACCAGGCCUAGGAGUGGACUGUGGAUCAACCCCUGGUGAUAUAAUGCGGGCAUUUUUCCAGGGUUUGUUCCUUUCACCCCAAAUGGUUGGAGAAGCAAUUAAGGGAAGCUUUCUGAUUGCAGAAGUCAUGGCAUCCAAGGGAUAUAUGGUGCAGCCACUCCCUCGAGUUCCUCGUCAUGAUACAGUGCAGGCAGUGCAGCUCCGAAGCCGAGAGCGUCUACUAACUUUUUGUGAGGCUGUGCAACGAAGCUGCCCAGUAGGUUCUUUUAUCAAACCAAUUGCAGGUUCAUCUCCUGGAUAUGCAUCAGAGGGUAUCUUCCCCUCUGCCAUGGUUGAAGAUUCUUUGCACUGGUCUUGGCACGUUCUCUCUACCUCUCCCUAGCGAGGCUUGCUGAUUUGGGAGAGGCUCACCACACGGGCGGUGUGUAGUCUUUUGGUGCCCCUCUUAAAGUUUCAGUGUUCGCGUGACUGGUUGGUAGAGAUCGCGUUCUCACUGUUGAUAAUUUGAGAAGAAGGGGAAUGAUCCUCCCAAAUGCACGUCUUCUUUGUCUCCAGCAUGAAGAGAGUGUUGAUCAUAUUUUCCUGCAUUGUUCCUUUAUGUCGGAGAUUUGGUGCUAUGUUCUUCAGAUGGCCAACGUCUCCUAGGCGAUGCUAGCCAUAAUCACCGAGCUUUUCCACUCUUGGCACAUGGAAGAUGGUGGCUCUCUAGGUGGGAAAAGGGGGCAUAUUAUUUUCCUUGAGGUCCUUUGGGCGAUUUGGUUGGAAAGAAAUAAUUGCUGCUUCCGUAACCUUGUAUUGGCUGGGGGUCAGCCGCUCUUGGGUCUGUUUAGGGACUGGGCUCCGUGAUCUUCUAGCGGUUCUUUCCAGUCAUGGGGCUGGAGUGUUGUAUUCUAGUUUGUGUGUUUGUUUUUAUCUGGGUUUUUCUUGUGUUUGCUGUUUUCUUUGCUGAAUAAAAUCUUCACCUUUCAAAAUUAAAAAAAAUAAAAAAAUUGGUGUAAAUCUGCUGAGAAAAAAAUAUAUGCACAAUUUUGACAGUCUUUAGUUAUUUUAACGAGUGGAAGACUCAUAUGACUUGGUUCA